GCGCUGCACCAAAGAUGGAGGACAGUAGCAAAGUCUUAAGAAGAAAUUGCUGUAAUGUUUAAAAUUGGGGCCAAACCAGGCUUUAAUUUAUUAUUAUUUCGGUGAGGACUGAUUUAUAUUUCGCUGUAGGCGAGUGUGACAUCUGUAGCAGAAAAUGUUUAGUCUUCAGCUGCGACUGUGGCUUCAUCCUGGAGCUCAGGUGUGUGUUGUUUCUCGGCUGAAGGCCCACAGACUGGCUUCUCUCCAGAACACAGUGGCACUUCCCCAGAAGAAAACCCAAAGCUUGUUGUACCCCUUCAGUCAGGUGGAACCCUACCUGGACCGGUCUAUAGACAGGACACAGUUCCAGCUCUUUCAUCCCAGUGUGGAAGAUAUGCUUAAAGCAGAAAAACUCUUCUGUUCGUCACCUUCUCAUAAGAUCGAUUACUACAUUUCUGCAGAGAGGAUGGACCAUGCGCCUGUUAUGAAACAGCCAGAGGUGUGUUUCAUUGGCAGAAGCAACGUGGGAAAGUCGUCUCUUAUCAAAGCUUUGUUCUCUCUGACGCCAGAGGUCGAAGUCAGAGUCUCCAAAACUCCAGGUCACACAAAGAAGAUGAACUUCUUCCGAGUGGGUAAAGCGUUCACCAUCGUAGACAUGCCAGGUUAUGGACACAAAGCACCCAAAGACUUUGUGGACAUGGUGGAGCCAUACCUCUACUCCAGGAAGAAUCUGGUGAGGACGUUCCUGUUGGUCGAUGGCAGCGUUGGGCUCCAGAAGGCCGACCUGAUCGCUCUGGAGAUGUGUGAAGAGAUCAGACGUCCAUAUGUGAUGGUGGUGACGAAGAUCGACAAAGGUACACGUGGAGUUCUGCUGUCCAACCUGAUGCAUCUUCAGGAUGCUGUUAAAACACACACAUCGAGCUGCUUCCCACAGCCGUUCCUGCUCAGCUCUCUGAACUUCUGGGGGAUCUACCUGCUGAGAUGCUUCAUCGCCCACAUAACAGGGAGCAUCACGUUAACGACACCGCCGACAAACUCCAAUGAAGGCGCAACCGCUCACAACCUCUGAUGUUACCGUCUAUAAGUGCUCAAAGCUGUGCCUGCACAUAUUUAACAUUAUCUCCAUCUGUUCGGGCACCAUUACUUGUUGUAUUAUAAAGUUGAUGAUAAUUUAAUAAUCUUUAUUUUUUUUAAUAAAUGUUCUUUCUUGAAGUGU